UAUUUCGACAACACACCAAGAGCGGUUUGUGGUGAGGGCGACACACCACGAGAUCUACGCGAAAGGAAAAAGAAGUGCAGCAGUAGUGGAGCCGGCCAAAAGUAUGUCACGAUUCCUGUCGGGCUUUUGGGGAGGGAACCAGCAACAGGCAGAGGAGGGGCAAUCGUCCACAGCGACCGGCUCCACCUCGGCAACAACGGGCGCUGCAUCAUGGAUCACCAUGACCGACCCGCCGGGGGGGGGACGGGGAGAGCCCGUCAUGGCGGUGAACAUGUCCACCGUAGACGAUGUGCUGGGCAAGCUUGGGGACGAAGGCGCGGUGAACGUCGUGGCAAUCUUUGGCGCGGCCCGCGGGGGCAAGAGCUUCCUGAUGAACCAGCUCGCGGGACAGGACGACAUCUUCAAGAUAUCUAACGACAAGAGUGGCAGGAAGGGCUUGUGUGUUGCGCAACGCGUUCAGUAG